AUGGCGGACGAGCACAGUCACGCUCCCUCGAAUACUAACCAGGCCGAGCUUCUGGCCAUCAAUAGGGCCCUCAAGGUCGAGAAUCAGAGGAUGGCCGAACUCUUACGCCAGAAGCAACACAACCACAGCAAAGGGGGAGAACACAAAAAUGCUGAAGACAAAGAUAACAAUGAUGAGCACACAUCAGAGACAAAACACACUAUACCUAAUCCCCCAAAAACAAUGACCAAGAGGACUAACCCUUUCACAAAAGAAGUUAUAAGCUUCGAAAUGCCUAAAAACUUCACCCUACCAACAACUUUAAAACCCUACCAAGGAAUAGAAGACCCAAAUAUCUACGUCACCAAAUUCCACACCAUGAUGUUCAUGAAUAAAAAAUCUGACCCAAUUUUGUGUCGCACUUUCCCAACCUUCUUGGAUGGAGCUGCCUUAAUUUGGUUCUCCAACCUCCCUAAAAGCUUCGUGUCCAAUUUUGACGAACUAGACGAUCAGUUCGUCAACCACUUUGCUGCAUCCAAAAUAUAUGUCCACAAUUCUGACUACCUGAGCACCAUCAAACAAGAACCGAAUGAAAGUCUAAAAGACUAUAUAACCAAGUUCGCAGAAGCAACCAAUGAAAUACACAACCUAAACUCUGAAGUCCACCUUCACGCUCUAAAGAGCAGCCUUCAACCAGGAAAAUUCCAAGAGACAAUAGUCAUAGCAAAGCCGAAGACUCUGGCCGAGUUUCGAGAAAAAGCAACAACUCAUAUUGAAAUUGAGGAACUCCGAGCAUUGCAAAAAGCAGAAAAUCCUACCUCGAAUAGAGAGGAUGAAAGGCGAAACAAGCACUUAACUGACGACUGCGUAAUAGCAAAAGAUGUCCUCGAAAAGCUGGCCCGUCAAGGACUACUGGACAAAUACAUUGAUAGCAGCAGACAGAAGCGGAACACAGAAGAGCUCGGCCAGCAAUCUAAAACAACUGACAAUUCUCGAGACAAAGGAAAAAAGGUAGACAGUGAUAUCAAUCCACGUCGCAGAGUAAUAAAUUGUAUUUCUGGUGGUUUUGCAGGUGGAGGAUGCACAAACUCAGCACGGAAGAAGUCGUACCGAGCUAUGAUGACGAUGACAGGGUCAACCUUGUCCCAACCCGUCAACAAGGACAAGGACAAACCAGAGAUCUUGUUCCUCCCUGAGGACUAUAAGGCAACCGACCACAACCUGGAUGACCCCGUAGUCAUCACAGCACAAGACGGAGAGCCACUAGUAAAGAAGAUCCUGAUGGAUCCGGGGGAGCAGCAUAGAUGUGCUAUUUUACUCAACACUUCAAAGGACGAAGCUAAGAGACAAAGCUCUCCAGCCAUCACUCAAGAAACUGGUAGGUUUUUCAGGUGA